AUGUUCGCUUAUCUAAACAAGUUGAAAGACCGCGCUGAAAAAUUCCUCAAUGAAAAAAACAUUGUGACAGACUGUCUGGCCAAGGUAGAAGAGUGGACGGGCAUUAAGAAACGUUAUCUCGCAGUUGGUGCCACAUCUCUCACUGGACUAUACCUGGUGUACGGAUAUGGAGCCUCUUUGAUAUGCAACCUCAUUGGCUUUGUCUACCCCGCAUACUAUUCCAUCAAAGCUAUAGAGAGCGAAGACAAGGAGGACGACACAAAAUGGCUGACGUACUGGGUGGUGUACGGCGUCUUCAGUCUGGGAGAGUUCUUCUCGGACAUCUUCCUCUACUGGUUCCCCUUCUAUUAUGUCUGCAAGUGCCUGUUCCUGCUGUGGUGCAUGGCUCCUAUCCAGUGGAACGGUUCCCAGGUGCUCUACCGCCGCGUGGUGCGUCCCAUCUUCCUGCGGCACGAGGCCACGGUUGACAACAUGGUCAACGACAUCCACGGCAAGGCCAUGAGCGCGGCCGAGAACGUCACCAGAGAAGUCCUUCAUACUCUGGUGAAGAACAAGGUGCAGCCUGUGGAUGGCAUGAAGCGCACGACGUCAAAAGCCCACAUAACCCAACUGGACUCAGAAUCAACUGAGGCCGGGCCAAGUGGCUCCUCGGUGGACCAAGAUGAAGACGGAAAUCACCCGAAGCGUCAGUGA